AUUGACGAUGCCCCGCCGCACAAGCACGACAACCAACUCACAGUCACCGCGUAACGAGCAACGAGUCGCUAAUCUUGAAUCAUUCUGUAUCGGUGCCGCCUUUCGGAGACCCACCUCACCCCUCGAGUCCCUGCCCACACUCACAAUCGGUAAGGUCAUUGUGAUCAUCUACAGCUUCUUGCAGUUCACGAAGCUGGAUCAAGAUGUCGUCAUCACUCGCUCGUGCGCUACCCGCAGCCGUCAAGGAGAUCAGGCUCCACCUGUGUCAAACUGGACCAGCCUCCGCCGGCGUGAGGGAAUUCUUGAGCAGCGCGUAUCCUGCCGUCAAGCAGGCCAACCCAGACUUGCCCUUCUUGAUCCGUGAAGCAUCCGGUACACCAGCACGUAUCUUUGCUCGAUUUGAACGCGGUCAGGAGAGGCACAUUGAGCUGGAUGGAUUGAGCAAGGCCGACGUGGAGAAGCGAUUCUCGCAGCUUGUAGGAUGAACCCAUCGUCUUCCGCACCGCUAGUCAAUUAGAGUCACUUGUCUGUUCAUUGCAUCUGCUGGCUUCUCUCGACGAGUAGCAUCGCGGGCGCGCAGAGCACGCGAAGGGAAC